AAACCCGAUUGAAGGCAUUCGUAGUUGUCAGCACGGAUUGGUUUGCCAUGGACCAACCAAAUUACUAACCCGUUUAAAUGCAAAAAAAUCGAAUGGCUGUAUGAUUUCGACCGCUGUGUCCCGGGCUGAUUAGGCUGCUAAUAACUGCUUGUUUUCGGCUGCUGUGAGGAAACAUGAUCUCUGGCUCGACAAGCCUUAGCUAACGUUAGCUAAAGGGAAUCUCAAACAAAGGGCGGGUUGAAAAAGCCAACGUGCUCCCAUCAGUAGACGUCGACUAGCAAAUGAUCAUUAUCAUUAGCUGACCACAUAAUGAACCACCGUCUAAAGAGAGAUUUGUGAAAAUAACAAGCCAUGGAGCAGUACACCACUGCCACCACUUCCACUGGGGAGCAAAUCGUUGUGCAGACUUCCAAUGGACAGAUCCAACAGCAGACACAGGGCACAGUGACGGCUGUGCAGCUGCAAACAGAGGCGCCAGUGGUGACGGCCUCAGGCCAGCAGGUGCAGACACUCCAGGUAGUCCAGGGACAGCCUCUGAUGGUCCAGGUGAGCGGCGGGCAGCUCAUUACAUCAUCAGGGCAACCCAUAAUGGUGCAGGCCAUGUCUGGGGGUCAGGGUCAAACCAUAAUGCAGGUCCCUGUGUCUGGAGCUCAAGGGUUACAGCAGAUCCAGCUGGUACAGCCGGGUCAGAUCCAGCUGCAGGGUGGUCAGACUCUCCAGCUGCAGGGCCAGCAGGGUCAGCCCCAGCAGAUCAUCAUCCAGCAGCCCCAGACAGCCAUCACCGCUGGACAGAACCAGGGGCAGCAGAUCAGUGUGCAGGGCCAACAGGUGGCACAGACGGCUGACGGACAGACCAUUGUCUACCAGCCUGUCAAUGCAGAUGGCACUGUCCUGCAGCAGGGAAUGAUCACAAUUCCGGCUUCCAGCUUGGCCGGCGCCCAGAUUGUGCAGGCAGGCGGUGCCAACACAAACACUACUAAUAGCGGCCAAGGCACUGUGACCGUCACCCUGCCCGUUUCCGGUAACAUGGUCAAUGCAGGUGGAAUGGUCAUGGUAAGACCCUGUGCAGAGAUGGUGCCUGGCGGUGGCGCAGUUCCUACAAUGCAGCGUAUCCCCCUGCCAGGGGCAGAAAUGCUCGAGGAGGAACCUCUGUACGUCAAUGCCAAACAGUACCAUCGCAUCCUGAAGAGAAGACAAGCUAGAGCCAAGCUCGAAGCUGAGGGCAAAAUCCCCAAGGAAAGGAGGCAGAAAUACCUUCACGAGUCUCGCCACCGCCACGCCAUGCAGCGCAAGCGAGGAGAUGGAGGCCGUUUCUUUUCACCAAAGGACAAGGAAGAAAUGGCUUUGGCUCUUGCACAGCAACAGCAGGAGGCGGCCCAGGCAGCAGGAGAGGAGACGGUGGCUCAGAUGAUCCGAGUCUCAUAGUACUUUGGCCGACACAUCUGUCUGUGAACUCUGCGCUGCCGGAAACUAUUCAUCCCAGCUAACCUGAUCUGCCACACCUUCUCCUCUCACUUUUACUUUCUCCUGCCUGAUUGUCAUAUGCCAAACGCCAGCGCCACCACUGGAUUUCUUCUGAUAUCUCUCCUCUCUUACACUGGUCUUCCAGGGAGCUGACUGUGUGGCUGCUCAGCCUGUGGACUGGUCUUCUUCUUCUUUGAGAGAGAAGUGUCCUUUCCUUCUCCGCCUAUCUGGUUAAGUUUCAUGACCAGGUUUUAAUAUUCAUAAGGAUUUGUUUGGACUAUUGAAGCAUGAAAUCAUGUGUAACUAGGGCUAAUCACACUUCAAAUAACAUCUGUGAAGCCUUGUUGGACCCUGCUAGCAAAUCCAAUUUACUAUCAGUGAGUAAUUAUUGCGUUAAAGAUUUUGUAAAUGGUACAGAUUGUUUUGAGACACUUAUUAAGCAUUGUUGUCUUUAAGCUUUUAUGUGAUGUCCUGAAUUUUCCUUUUUCCUUCCUUUUUUUGAACCCAUUGACGGUGGGGGACGGACUCAGCAUCAUAAGUCCAACCUGUUUCCACUGAGAAAAAAACGAACGAAGUGAACUAAUGUGAACAUAUUGUACAGAAAUCCCCCCCCCCCCCCAGUGUAUCUGGUGUAACUAGUUUGCCCAUUUAUGUGGAUGACUUUUAUACAGUUAGUGAUUAGACAGUGUUUGUAGGAAAAAAAUGACUCAAUGUGUAAUUACAUUACACAUUAUAUCCAUGUAGUAACUUCUUCAUUGGUCUCAGUUUGUUUUUUCAUUGUAGAUAAUAGAUUUUUUGUACCCAUCCAAUGCAGUACUGCAAUGUUUUGGUUUUUUUUAUAAUGGAAAAAAGGGUUAGAUAUUCAUGAAACCUAUGUCCAUUAAAUGUUAAGUGACUCAA